CUGCUUCUCCUGCAAGCGGCAGCUCUCCACCGGCGAGGAGUUUGGCCUGGUGGAGGAGAAGGUGCUGUGCCGGAUCCACUACGACACCAUGAUAGAGAACCUCAAGCGAGCGGCAGAGAACGGCAAUGGGAUCACGCUGGAGGGGGCUGUGCCCUCGGAGCAGGACAGCCAGCCGAAGCCAGCCAAGAGAGCCCGCACCUCCUUCACCGCCGAGCAGCUGCAGGUCAUGCAGGCACAGUUUGCUCAGGACAACAACCCCGACGCACAAACGCUCCAGAAGCUGGCGGACAUGACGGGGCUGAGCCGGAGAGUCAUUCAGGUUUGGUUUCAAAACUGCAGAGCCCGCCAUAAAAAACACACCCCGCAGCACACGGUGCCACCGUCGGGAGCGCCCCCGUCCCGCAUCCCCUCCUCGCUGUCCGAUGACAUCCACUACUCGCCCUUCAGCAGCCCGGAGCGGGCCCGCAUGGUGACGCUGCACGGAUACAUCGAAAGUCAGGUACAGUGUGGACAAGUGCACUGUAGACUUCCCUACACUGCUCCACCAGUGCACCUCAAAGCAGACAUGGAAGGACCACUAUCUAACAGGGGUGAGAAGGUCAUCCUCUUUCAGUACUGACUGCGCGGACUCUUCCUCACCUGCCCGUGGCCCUACCAGCAGCGCUGCCCCUCGGCCGCUGACACGGCGCCCAGCCCUCGGCAGCUGCCACCAGUCCCGCGGGAGAAGCUCAGACCCAGCACUCUCAGUUCUUUCCAUUGACCAGCACCUCACGUCCGCUCUGAUUUCUCCAGCGACACUCUGUGUAUGUGUGUGUUGAGUGCAGAGUUACAUUUUACACUUGUUUCUUGUGGACUUUGUAGAAUGACCGUGAGUCUCUCCAAGGCAGUGCCAGCCACAGUCAAAACUGGUGACUCUACUGUGCUUGCAAGUCUUGCUCCCAACCCAUGGGAAUAUGAACAACCCAGAACACGCUGAGUCUCAGGGGGGUCGGUGGUCACCUCUGAACACAAAGGAAGGAGGAAUUUACGUGGUUUGGCCUGAUUCUCUUUUUGCACCAGUGAAGCAGUUCCUGGACAUCCCUCCUUCUUUCCACUCGAAAUCUGAAAUUGGCUUUUUGGCUCAGCAACUCGAUAUAUAGACAGACCUUCCCGAGCCAAACUCGCAGGUAGCUGAGACUCCACUGAGUGGAAAACAUGAUGCCAGCUGGAAAUAGGCAGUUUUUCUUCCUCCUCAAAGUGCUUUAGAAUCACAUGUUCUUUGAUCAUUCAAAGCUACAUUAUUUCCUUGGAGUCAUAUUGGAUCACAAAUGGGUGAUUUCAGAAUGUACCUACAGAAAACUCUCAGACAAUCCAUGCUCUGGGACUGGGAAACACUCAAUGGAAGGUGGCCAUAAAGGUGUAGAAAUGCUCUGCCCUGCUGUGGACUCAAGCUCAGUCAGUGGAAAGAGUUGGGUAGAAACUGGAGACCAGUUAAAGAGGUGAAGGCCACGGUAAGGCCAGCAGGAACCGUGGCUAGCCGAGCAGACAGCAAGGGGAUGAUGUCUUCCUUUGUCUGGCAGCAUCGCUCUGAUCCCCUCUGCCCUCCUGUUCUCCCUUGCUGGGUACGGCUGUCGGUCCUGCCAGGACCUGGGAUGAGGGUGCUGGGCUUAUGGCAACGACAAAGGAAGUGCUCAGCAGUCUGGCCCCAAGUCAGGAAAAGGACUCCAAAAUGAUCCUUCAUUGAUGGUAAUAACGAAAAGUAAACAAGUGACCUCUGCCAGCCCUUCUCAGUUUGCACCGAGCCAAGAGCAGGUCUGUAACAAAACCUCUCUCCAUGCAAGCACAUGGGUCUGUCCUGCUGUGAAGUGUCUGUGAGGCUGCUCUUCCAAGAAUGUGAAAGCCUACCCUGAGCCACAGCUAGUGAGGGAUAUGACUGAACCGUGCCCGAGGAGAGGAGAUGGGAAUCCAUCCGUUACAUAACUUGUUUUGAACUGGAACUGUAGAUACGUGUGUUUUCCUCUCUGGGAGAUCCUGGAUCAAUCCAUGGCAUGGGCCGGGUGGGCAACCAUCCCACUGCUCUGGCCAGCCCACACUGCACGCGUGGGGAGCUCCUCCUGCCCGUGUCCCUGAACUCCGUGACACCAGCAGCCAGCCACGUGGCUCCAGCUAAACGGCGAGGAACGCUCCGGGAGUGGCGUGGGGAGAUGGGAGAUGGGAGAUGGGGAUGUCUGCUGAGGUGGCCACCGAGAUCUCUUGGUUUGAGGAGUAACUGAGCACAAGCACAUGUUGAUAUUGGUUGGAACAAAUCCACGCACGCUGAUUUGCAUUAUCAGAGUGAUGGUACUACCUCGGACAGCUGGGCCAGUAUCUGUCAGAGUGCAGCCAGCAGCUCCAUUCCCAAUUCAAAAUAACAUUUGAAAGGAGAGAGGGGAAUUAAGUCCACAAAAUAUUAUUGUCACCUCCUGAUGUGUGACCGUUUCCAGAGUGUGACCAGUGACAAGGCGCUCCCGCAUGCCUGACCCGACCGGAGCCACCACUGCAGAGGCGUCCCCUGGGCGAGGGGACAGUCACCAGCUCCACCAGUGCCGUCCUUUUUGUCCUUGUUGGCAGCAAUGAGGGAAGGAUGAGUGUUCCCUUGGCUGGCUGCUGGUGAGUGUUUGUCAUCACAGGUUGAGGCGGCUGUUGUGUCCUUGUGCCAGCCUUGAGAUGCUCGUAGGGGCUGGGGGGUCACCAGGGCCUGACUUUGUUCUCCAUUUGUGCUUGCACAUCCUAAUGACCAUUUAGUUGUGGAAUUAGUGCCAUAAAGGAAUGGGUAGUUACUCCAUUUGACACUGAAGGAGAGACUUCAGGCUGUAACUUGCCCUGACAUCCCACAGUCUCUGAGAUUGCCACAACUCCUCUGUUGAGGGAGAAAAGGGUUGGAUGUCUUCUCCCUUCUGUCUUGGCAAUGCAAUGAAAGGGAAACCAUGAAGUAUGUUAUCUGCUAAAUACCAACUUGAUCAGAAAAACCCCACUUGUGAAACGUCCUGGAUAUCCAAGGGUUUGUAAGCGAUACACGGCAGGGCCGGAGCGCGAGGCAGGGCCGAGGGAGUGUAGGUGUUUCUCUCCAGGGACCUGGGCUCACCACAGACUGUGCUCGGGGCACUUCCCCCCAUAAGUAGCCAGGAGCAGCUUUGCUAAUUCAGAAAUCAGGCUCUGUUUAUAUUAAGCCCAAAUUGUUUGCAAAAACUGGAAGCAAUUCAGCUUGUGCAGUUUUAGAGCUAAUUAUGUGUAUGGAAAAUACUCAACUGUACCAAGAAUGUAAGAAAUCUUCUAAUUUAUUCAAUACAUUGUUUCACAACAUAUUUCACACUGACUGUUGCCACUGAACCAAACCUUAUCUCAGGUCAUUUGCAUUCAUCUCCUGUAUGUGGAUUUAAAAAAAAAAUAAAAUUAAAGUCAUUCUCAUUUUCUUAGUUUAUUCAGUAAUUGCCAGAUGGGUUCUGGUGCAGCAAUGCAGACUCCACGCACUAAACUUUUCCAGUUGCUAUUUACAAACCCUUUUGCAGACAGAAUCCACUGAAGACAGCCAGUGAAAGGCUCUUCACUCCAGUUUAAUAAGGUGAUUAACAGAGCUCUGCUCUGGAAGUGGGAUGGUUUCAGGUUUUAUCACCAGUGAUUUUUUUCUGGCUCAUGCUGGUUAACCCAAUGCCCGAGCUAAAGGUGCUUACAGAACUCACUCGUUGGGACAGGGAGUGGGAACCAAUCCUGCACUACUAUCAGUGAUUUAUCUGCAGGAUGCCAACUAAACACCAGUUUUAUUUCAUCUGCCAAUCAUUUUGUUGUAGCAUGUUGCAAUUCUGCAUGUCUUGGCUACAAUGGUUAAAAAAUUUUUUCUCUGAAUGACUGGACAGUCAAGACUAAUAUUUAUUUUAAAAAAGUAAAACAAAAUUGUAAGCACUUUUUGUAAAACCAAUGUCUGUUUUGUUACAUACUUUUAAUGUUGUGCUUUGUAAAUGUCUUAUUUGUGUAAUAAAUAAAGUUAAUGCAAGUAGAAGUGCUGGCACUUACAUCCAGAAAA